AUGUGUACUGGAAAGUGCUCUACGUUUAUUGGGGUGUCCUUGUUCCCCGUAAGCCUCGUCUGUGUGGCUGCUAAUCUUAUGAUGUUUUUUCCAGACGGGAGCAGAGAAUAUCUAGAAAAUGCUGAGGAGCAGAUCACCCAAGAAGUGAGGAAUCUCGGUGGGGUUAUCGGUGGUGGUCUAUUGGUACUAUUUCCUGCGAUUCAUAUCAUUGCUACAGGACGAAUGAGCUGUUGCAGCAACCGUUGUGGGAUGUUGAUGUCCAUUUUACUUGCUCUGGUUGGAAUCGGUGGAGCUCUGUUUGGCUUUCUUAUGUCUAUCAUUGGACUGCUGAGAGGACCAGUCUGCCAGUUUGAUUCGUCUUAUUUCACUGAUGAUCUAAGCAAACCUUCACUUGUCUGGGGUCGUCCAUUUAGUGAAGAGCUGAAAACAAUCAGCAAUGAGAGUUACUUGUUGCACCGGGAUAUCUGGAACAUCUGUGUGGCACCCCCAAACGUGGUGCUGUUCAAUGUAAUUCUCUUCUCCAUUAUCAUGGUGGCAACUGGAGCUGAAAUUAUUCUGUGUGCCAUUCAGACGGUGAAUGGUCUGUUUGGCUGCAUCUGUGGAACGUGUCAGAAUGAAAAAAGUGAAAAUAGGGACAAGGAAAAGAUGAUAGAAUUACCAUGAAUAUUUGAAACUCUUCACGCGAAAACUCUCUCCGCACCAAAAAAAACAAGUUCCUUUAAAAGGUGGAAAGUGAUUAUCUGGGAUUUGAGUUUAACCUUUCAUUUGCAUGGAAGAUAAGGGACAUUGCUGAGCAGUUGGAUGUUUCUAUGACGGCCUGAGGGCCUGAAUGAGCCAUUCUCAUCUUCUAGCAGA